AUGGACACCGUCACACGGGAUAUCCAACGUCCAGCGCCCUACACACUGCUUUAUGCAGAUGAUGUUUUCGUAGCAUCUGAUAGCAAAAAUGAUCUCGAGCAACUUGUUCAAAAAUGGAAUGAUCGCCUCAUACAACACGGUCUCAGAUUGAAUUUAAACAAAACUGAAUUUUUGAUGACCGAUCCCCAUGAAACAGGCACAAUCACUGUCAGCGGCAGUGAUCUGCCCAGAACUGAGCGAUUUAAAUACCUCGGGUCAACGCUAUCAGCCAAUGGAGAGCUGCGUUAUGAAAUUGCUUCACGCAUUAACGCAACCUGGAUGAAGUGGCGUUCCACAACUGGUGUCCUUUGUGAUCGACAUAUCAACGAACGUCUCAAAUCUAAAAUUUACAGCAAUGUCGUCCGUCCAGUCGCUCUCUAUGGUUCAGAGUGUUGGCCGACCAUAAAAGACAAUGAACGACGUCUUGCGGUAAUGGAGACGAAGAUGCUACGUUGGACUAGUGGCGUCACACGUUUAGAUCACGUCCGAAAUGAGGAUAUCCGCGAUCGUUAUGGGGUUGCACCGAUCGUGGAAAAGUUGCGAGAGAGGCGUCUUCGAUGGUAUGGUCACGCAAUUCGUGCAAACGAGAAUUCACUUGCAAAGAUUGGUCUGAACAUCGAAGUCGAUGGUAAACGACCAAAAGGCAGACCUAAGCAACGGUGGCUUGAUACGCUGGAUGGGGAUUUGAAAGCCUCGAGAUUGCACGCAGAUCAGGCAUUCGAUAGAGAAUAA